GCCACCAUGAAGUUGAUACAGGAAAAGAAGCCCUUGGUGGCGGUGAUCUUACUCAUGGUGGCCCUCCACUGCGCCGGCCGCAGGAGCGAUCCUGUCAGGAGCCCGUCCUGCCGCCCCGUCAACACCACCAUCGCCGCCGAGAAGGACGACUGCCCUGUCUGCAUGCCCAUCACCACCUCCAUCUGCGGUGGCUACUGCAUCACGAGGGAGAUACUGCUCAACGUGCCCUCGCCCUUCAUCCAAAGAGCCUGCACUUACAAGGAGGUACGCUACGAGACUGUGCGCCUGCGUGGAUGCCCAACGGGAGUGGACCCGACCUUCACCUACCCCAUGGCUCUCAGCUGCCACUGUGACCUCUGCAAGCUGGACUCCAGUGACUGCACCGUUCAGAGUAUCAGACCCGAUUUCUGCAUCAACCAACGCGUCAUCCCCCAGUGAAAAGGGUGGGGGGAGGAAGUGACCAAUAAAUGCCUUCAA